AUGAAACCGUACGCAGCCUGCACGACCGUUGUGCUUGCCUUGCUGUUGGCCGGGACAUCUACCGUCCUGGCCCAGCACAGGGACUACCGAGGCCAAAGCUUGGACCUCCUACGUCUGCUCGCUGAGAAGCCAUGGAUCGGCAUGGGACCUCACAACCGCUGGGACCGCGCACCACGUAUCGACAUGGACAUGAGCGCUACCGGGCUCGAGACACACCUACCGCAACUCUCAGACGCUGAAGACAAGAGCUAUCUUGAUGAUGAAAUGAGAGGCGCAUCUGAGAAACGUUCGGCGGUGGCGACUGCUCUGAACUCGGGGCGCCGGAGACGGCAGCCGGCACCGGCGCUCGGUAAGGCAGUCACGCCGUAUGUCGGCGUCGGUGUCCUAAACGACGUGGGCUCGUUCUUCGACUCUCUGCGCGACAACCUGGAGACGCUGGUGUCCCUGUCCCCACAGGAGCGCUCCUCGCUGUUCCAGGACCCGCCCUCCGUGGUCGCAGCACCUGCCUCCAACAACGGCGGCGGCGGCGGCGGCAUCAGGAAGCUGUACGCUCUGCGCCCUCUGAGACCCACCGGCAACAUCAGAUCUUACAACCGCAGAUCUCUCGUGGAGGCGGAUGGUGUAUACCCGGGCGCGAACCACCACGACCCGGGCCUGCUGUGGACCGGACUCGGCCGGUAGACGACUCGCGCUCACACCCGACACACACACAUACCCAGACCAAACCGACCAGACCCCGCCGCGCCAGACCCUGCUGGGUCAGACCCCGCCGCGGCACACCCGCACUCGCGAGACCAGACCGCCGCGUCUGACGCACCUCAGACCUAACUCACACGACUUAUCGGUACCUGAAAUCAUUUUAGCGCUGCAGGAGUACUGCUAUCUGUGAAGUUUAAUGUUGUUUGUCUAUAUCUGAUCUAGUCUAUUUUAGGUUCUAUAAAACUAGACAAUCUAUGAGCUUAAACUAUUAGAAAUCAUUUGUCAUGCUACAUCUCCUUUAAUAACCAAUUAAACUAAGAAUUUUGUUUUCUUUCAUUAACUCCCUUUUACUCCUUCAUGUUAAACGCUUGAAGAUACAGAAGAUUGAAAGCCAGCUCUAAGAUUGUCUAGUUUCUCAGAAUCUUCCCUCAAUGUAUGUUUAAGAAAAUAUCCCCUGACUAAUGUAAGAGGUUCUUGUUAUUAAAUACUUUUUAAUUGUACUAUUGCUUUUGAUUUUCUCAACUCUAGGAAUUAAUUAAUAACCUUGUUGUCUGUAAUAAAUUGUAAGAUUGAAGAAUUCAAAAUGUCGUCUUUUUUUUUGUUGAAAAUGAUUUUCUUUCACACAAUAAAUCGGUUUCAAAAAACAAUACUUAGUGAAUUCAGCAUAUCCAUUUUAGAUAAUUCCAGACAUAUGUACUUUUUAAAAUAAAAGUAGAUUACCUAAGUCAACCUAAUUAACUAGCAGUAAGUAUUUACAUUCAUAUUUCUACUAUUCAAUCUUAAACGGAAUACCAUAUCCAAAUCCUAAUAAAAUUGUACUGCUUCAAAAUUCUACUUAAAUUAGAUAGUAAAGUAAACUCAUUGAUCAAUAUUAUAGAGUCGUAUCUUAAUAUAACACUUGUCUAAGCUCCUGUGUUGUAUGGUGACUAACAUUAAAAAUUAACAGACAUUUUCUGAUCCAUUUACAAUUAUCUAAACCAAAAAUGUUGCCGUAGAAGCUUGGAAGAAAGCUCUACGGUGCUAAGCGCAAUGUUGACUAUCGUCUAACUUCCAGAGGCAAAAGUCCUGCAUUAAAAUGUAAUACAGAUUUUAAACAAUCAAAAUGUACCAAAUAUAAUCAAUACACUUUAAUUAAUUUGAGGUAAUAAGCCGAAUAUUAUAGGUAUAUGUAUUCCAGAACACAUUAUUUCGAAUACAUGUUAAGACAAAUAUUUCUUUUCUGAAUCAUUUGUUAAUGUUAGUUCACAUACAUACGAAUGUCUGAAUGUAAUGUUUAAAGAUUAAUGUAAAUAAAACAUUUUAUCUUCAUCUCAUUUACAAUGUUAACUGUAUGUUUUAAAAUUAUGUGGAUAAAUUGUAUUUAGUUUUUAAGUAUUUAAUUACCGCGAUAUAAUAACGAUAUUACAUUG